AUGCGAUCUGGCGCAAUUGGCGUCAUAUCACACCCAUACCGCCCCAGCGACCGCCUCAGAAUCGAACUAUGGCAUUCCCUGGUCCACCGCCGCGGCAAUUGCCCGCCCGCUGGUGCUACCAACGAUCGUCUCGAUGCCGUCUUAGAACGCAUGGCCCGACUGGAAGAGUCGCUCGGCCGGUCAUCAGAUCGCUCUACCACCGAGACCCGGAGGCGAUCGCAAGAUGCGGCUCCAACGGGCCCCGAAGCACUCACACCAUCAGCAUCUGAACCGGCGCAGGAGCAAGCGACGUCAGAGUGGAUGCCGAUAUCAGCCUCGCCGGAAGUCUCGCCUCGAGAUGUACGGAGGCCGCCCAGCCGGAAGAGACGCGCGCUCUCUCCCUUGUCCAAGGACUCACGGCGACGGGACUCACCCCAACUGAUGCCGGAUGAAGAUGGCCAGUCACCAGAGGACAGAGUAUUAGCUGCAUUAGAUCUUAACCGGUACCUGCGGCCGACCUGCAGACUAAGUCGGAACCGCGAGUUAGAUGCCUCACGGCAGGCCAUAUUGGAAUCGGCCAUCGGGCUUGCGAAGCAGGCAAUGACAGAGCCCAAUCUCGAGACUGACUGGGACACCAGGCACAACUUUUACGAAACCACCAUGUAUCCUAGCGCCGAAUUCCUCCACCUCAUGUUGUAUAUCAAACAGACUCUUGCCGAUCAGGCGACAGCACCAAGCACACCCUACCUUCUCAGUUUUCUUGCCGGCGCAAACAGUGCCUGUUUGGAGAAGAUGGCUCUUGCGCUCAUCAAUUGCACGGUCCACGGCCAGCAACGAAUUCAGUACAUUAUCAGCGUCAAUCAUGCCGCUUACACUUUCAUUACGGCGCUUGACUCGGACUCUAGCCCAGCGAUGCGGGCCGAGCUGUUGCGGUCCAAAAAGAAGUAUAGGGACAAUGUCUUGACAGCUAUCAGCUAUCUGGACACGGAUGUACGACCAGAUAUAUCGCUCUUUUAUGCACUCCACUAUAGCGCGCUUCUGAUGCAGGACAUUGGACGCAUGCGGAAGUGCUGGAAGCUUAAUACGCUCGCAUGCCGGGUAGCUGCAUCUCUACGCGGGCUUUCCAUGUCAGAUCUCGGCUUAACUGAGGCUGGCGAGAUCAUCGCCUUGCGCUUGGCGUGCAUCAAAUCCUAUAUCUUCGACACGUCCCUAUCGGCUAACAACUACCAGCCGGCAUGCCUCGCCAAGAUGGAUAUCGACCGCUCAGUGCUAGAUAGGGAGACACCGGCCGGGGCUAUACUAGAUGUUCUUUUGUCCUUCUCUGAAGUUCAGGAGGUCAUCAUCCACGAGACUCGCAAGCUCGCUGCCCCAGGCCAAAGACAUCAGAUGGACACUACGAGACUGCUAGGUCUACGGAGCCGCAUGAGAGAAAUACGCAGACAAUCCCAAGAGUAUCGAACCCACCCACUCUCCCACCAUGACGAAUUUCUGCGGUUCGAGUGGCAAACCACUGAUUUCACGUAUUACUCGAUGAUGACUACUAUCACACGGCUCGGUUCCGCAGGCGAGGAUCCGGAUGCGCACCAACAAUGCCUAGAUCACGCUCGCAAAUGCCUUUAUUCCCUGCGGGCUCUUCUAGAGGCCACCUCGAGAGCGUCGAAUCAAGACCGCUAUCUCAGCUCCCUUGCAUGGGUCGUACCUCUAUUUCCACUCCGACCAUUGUACUUUGUUUUCACCAAUAUCAUCGAGACGUCUGAUACUAUGGACCUCAAGAUCUUACAAGACAUUGCCAAGGGGCUUGAAGGGCCAUGCAAAUCUCUACACUCGAUACUGGAAAUUCGUCAGCUCUGCACAUCUCUCUUAAGCUUGUAUGCCGACUUUGCUGAGCAGAGCAUGUGUUCUCCUACGACACAGGACACUCUACAACUAGAGGACAGCCAUCCUGUGUACUAUAAUUCUAGGGUCGGCACGUCCAUGCAGGACAGCCAAAUCAGGGCACCUUUUCCGAGCGGAGCUCUACCUGCAGGGUACCACAUGUCUAAUAAUACCCCCAAAGGGUAUCAUCGUCAGCUCAAUGGUCCUUCUGUGGAUCUAUCAGCGAUUCCCAACAACGACAUCGUGCAGAUGGGCGGGUGUGUUCCUUCCAUGCCAAUAGAUCGUGCUUUUUUUGAUCAGCAGGUAGACUGGGAGCUUUUCUUCACUCAUUCUGUCACAGAUACAUUCUAA